AUGGUGCAGAGUUUUUACACCGUGGCUAACUCAAAACUUUUAAAAGAAGCCUUCAUUUCUUUUUCUCUUUAACAGGGAAGGAUUUUGGAGAAGACUGGGCUUUGCAGUCAAAUAACUUUUGGCCGAUACGUGCGACAGGGACGGAAACUAGGGCUGGAUCCAAAGCUCUUGAUCCAGGAUCUGCAGUUUAACAAAGUACCUGUGAGGUUUUAUCAGCCUAAAGCUACCUCUGAUCGGCGAAGGAGAGGUAUCAUCUUCUUCCAUGGAGGAGGCUGGGUGUUUGGAAGUCUGGAUACCUAUGAAAAAGUGUGUCGCUACCUAUCCAGGGAAAGUGAAUCAGUAGUUGUAUCAGUUCAGUACCGCUUAGCUCCUGAGCACACCUACCCUGCUGCGUACGAAGACUGUCUCAAUGCCACCAUCCACUUCAUGAAGGACAUCGAGCACUAUGGCGUGGAUCCUGCCAAUGUCAUUGUCUGUGGGGACAGUGCUGGGGGCAAUCUAGCAGCUGCUGUUAGCCAGACCCUGGCAGGCAGAACAGACCUCCCCAAACUACGUGCCCAGAUCUUGAUCUACCCAGGCCUUCAGGCACUGGACUUCAAUUUACCAUCCUAUCAUCAGAAUCGGGGAGUCCCUCUCUUGUUCCGAGAACGUGCUGCUUUCUUUGCUUUGCAGUACCUAAAUGGGGAUGCAUUGCAUGUGCAAGAGGUCUUGGAGGGCUCUCAUAUUCCUCCAGAUAUGAGGCUGAAGUACAAGAAGUGGGUGAGUCCAGAUAACAUCCCUGAAAAAUUUAAGGUCCGAGGUGUGAAGCCGCUUAGGCCCACUGAUUUUAUAGCAGAAGUUUACGAGACAGUGAAAAGAUUCUGCGAGCCCAACCUGUGUCCUCUGUUGGCUGAAGAUGCUGUUGUUCACCAGCUGCCUGAGUCUUUCAUCUUGACUUGUGAGUAUGAUGUGCUCAGAGAUGAUGGCUUGCUUUACAAGAAGAGACUGGAGGACAACGGUGUUCGAGUGACCUGGUACCACCUUGAGGAUGGAUUCCAUGGAAUCAUAAGCCUAUACGAUUACUGUGGUUUCUCAUUUCCAUCUGGGAAAAGGGGGUUGGACAGUGUUGUCACCUUCCUAAAAGGCUUAUAGUAACCAUCUUAGAUUCAAAGAGUCUGUUCAUGCCUCAACCUAGGAAAAUAUCUUUUUAGGAUAUUUAAUAUCAGGUGAUGGGUAGUCAAUCAAGGGCAGCCAUUAACAACGAAAAACAAGGCUCAUGAGAACCUCAUUCCAGCUAUUAGUUGGAACAUGGAAUAUGCAAACCUUAUGCAAGCUUGUACCAUGCUGCAAGCUCUUUAGCUCUGUCAAUAAAGAAGAACAUUAGUCUGCAUGGACAUCCUGGUUUGUCCCACUUGUUUGAAAUAAAGUGUGUGUCUAUGAAGAGA